UGUAAACUCACGUUGCACUCUCUAGGCAAUUCUCUUUCCACAACAACAGAAAUAAAAGGUUUGUUUUCCCAAGUAAAGCGUCAUUCCACACACGGACCUUAACGACAAGCGGAACCUAAGCAGAAGUGUGUUUGAUGGACUUCACAUCACUCUGAACUCGAACAAACAGAUCCACCAUGGGUAACAAACGGAAAGCAUCCAAUGAGUUUGACAAAGAUUCAGAUGCCAGUUCAGGAUAUUUCAGUGCGUUGGACCAGAAGGACUUUGAAGACCUGGGACCGACCAGUCCUGCCACCCACAGCAUGCAGACAGCUCCACGGGUGCCUUUCAUUCCUGGCUCACAUCCAGGCGUCUCUUCCAUGAUUGUAAUGAACAGACUUGUCCUCAAGCAGCCCAACUCCGUGGCUCCUGCAUUGAAACCGUGGAGCUUAAACCCUUCACUAGAUGUGGUUCCUCAAUCUCAUCUGCUUUUCCUCCAGCCAGUCAUAUCCACUGGUGACUGCACCUCCCAAAGCUCUGACAAGCAGAAACAUUCUAGAAGGCAUGUUCCCAUGCAAAGCACCUUUCCAAAAAUUGCCCCACACUCUGCACAAGGGUCUGCAGUUGACCUUAGUCCUAGUGCCUUCAUUAAGAAACCAAACCACGGCCACAGUGGAAGACAUCAACGGCACAGUCAUGGUGGUAAAACUUUGCAGAGUUCCUCUUUGAAAAACAAUGAGACUUUUGAGGGUUAUGGUGUCAGCCCCAGUGCUGUCUCUUGGGGAGAAGUCAGUCAAACUGUCCCAGAAGUAGAUGCGGAAAACUCCUCAUCCAGGCUUUCUGAUUCUCAGGAGCCUCAUACCACUACUUCACCAUUCUCACUUUGCUCUGACUCAUUCCUCACUUCAGUCCCUCAAAAGUGUCCCAAAGCAACAGUCACCCAGAGUAGUGAUGUGGAGAGCAGCCCAGAGUUCCUCUCUCUGAGCUCCAGCAAACGCAAGCGCUUCUGCAACACGUACAAUAUUUUGAAUCGGUCAGGGUUACUGGGCAUCACACUGCGUACCAAGGAGCUUAUUCGACAAAACAAACGUUCCCAGGCCCAACUUCAGAGCCUGCAAGAUCAGACUGACCUCUUUUUGGAGGCCAUAUGUAGUGGAGACCCCAAAGUCUGGACCCGAUUGCAGAUUACCCUCCAGAACACUGGAGACUGCGAGCAGAUAAUGGAUUCAUUGGUGGACUCUGUAAGAGAUGUAGGAGCAGACGUCACAUCUGUUGGUUGUAUGGUGUAGUAGUAGGUUUAAAUGCUGUAUUGUCUUGGACUGCUUUAAGUCUAUUCCGCUUUAAUUUAUAAAGUAAUUUUUUCAAAUUGGUUGCUUAACAGAUUUAGUCAUGAAGCAUUUAGAAUACAACUUGAACAGUUUCUUACUCUCCUGAAUCUUGUUUAUAGUAGUUGUUACUUCAUGUGUCUUCAUUUUGAGAUAUAUUAAAUCCUAAAGAUGUCAUGGGCUUUAUUUUUAUUUCAGAUUUAUUUUACAGACUUGGCCAGUGUUUAAGUUAUAAUUUAUAUGGUCAGAGUUGCUAACGCAACAACAGUGAAAGUGACAAAGAAAAUACAUUCUGCACAGUUGGGUGGUCACUAAACUUUUCAAAUACACACAGCUGAUAUUAUAAACUUAUUCUAUGAGCCUAAAGUUUGAACAAACUGGCCAAUGAAACAGGCCAUAUCUAAUAAAUGCCUUUGACAAUUCACAAAGAUCUGUGUAUGUUUGCACGUGUUUGUAUGCUUUAACCUUAAUUGGUAACACUUUGCAAAAGGUUGUGUUUGUUAACAUUAGUAAAUGCAUUAGGCAUCAUGAACUAAUAAUGAACAGUAAUCAUUUACAACAUUUAUUAAAAAUGGUUGAUGCUAAUUUGUAAAAAUACAACUGUUUAACACUUCAUGUAAAUUUAUAAUGCAUGAACUAAUGGUAACAUAUACAACUUCUAAUUUUAAAAAGGUAUAUGUUGAAAUUAACAUUAACCUACUUAUAAUAAGUGCUUAAAAAGCAUUGUUCAUGUUAACUAACAUAGUUAACUAAUGUUAUCAAAAACAGCCUUAUUGUAAAGGGUUACCCCUUAAUAUUAAAAGGAUUAUACAUACGUGCACAAUGUUCAUCAAAUGCUCUGUAAUUCAUUUGAAAUUGAGAAUUUGAUAUAGUGCAUAUUUGAAACUUGUUAGAAUUUGAUUGUACUAAACAUUAUUUGUAUGUAAUGGCAAGCCAAGUUAUAUUGUAACUGUUCUCAAAUGAAUCUCCAUCUAAAUGUUCUAGUUACUGGUAUUAACUUUUACUAAGACCAGUGGACUUAGAGUAAGAGUACAUUAACUUUUGUGUGUCAAGGGCAUAUUUGAAGCAUCACUUGUGUGGUUAUUAUUUGUCCUGCCUUGUAUCAUGUAAUGGUAGUUUAACAUUUUUAACAACUCAGAUUGUGAGUUGUCUAAACAAAUAGGUAAAUGCACAGGUUUAAAUUUUUACUAGCAUGAUUAUUUCUGCAGCAAUAUGUUACACUGCAUGCAUAUGGACUGAUCAUUAUGUUCGGGAAAGCAGAUUACUAAAAAAGUCUUGAUGACAGAGGUCAGGUAGGCAAUGUAAUAGUGGGGUGAAAAAUGCAAUGUGAUGGCUCUGCUGUACACUUGUGCAUUGUUCUGUGAAUUUUACAUUGUUUUCUGGUACUUUUUGAGUUUUAUACUGAGGGCCAAAGGUCCAGGGUGGCCCACAACAAAUUGGAAACUAUUAUUUUACUAGAAAAGGGACCCAGAGCAAUAUAUAGUCAGGGGGCCCAGAAUGCCUUGCUACGGCCCUGAUAAUGAAAUGUGUUUGAAUUUGCUUAACACAAAUAUAAACACUGUAUUGAUCUAUCAGAACACAAUGAAAUGGAAUGACAGAUUGUUGCUGUAGAAAUCUAUGCAAUAUCGUUAUCAUUAGGAUUGUACUGAAGUGCAGUAUUCUAUAGGUGUCAUUUGAC